ACAGCAGCAGCAGCAGCAGCAGCAGCAGCAACACUAGCAAGACAGUGACUAACGAAGUCUGAGCGGAGGACGGUUUCUUUAACAGCAUCUUAUUUCUGGAUAUGCCCUUACACCGCUCUUCAGCAUGCUGAGCAGGAAGGGGUCUUGUGCGGGGAUGAUGAGCGCUGCAGCCGGAGUGGACCGCAGCAGGGUCGGGGAGAGGCUGCAGGCUGCUCUGGCCGGGCUGCAGGAGCUUCAUCUGCUGAAGGACAGACAGAGCGACAUGGUGAGCUGGGCUCUGAGGAUGGACCGAGAGGAGCCGAUCACUGCUGCCCACACCGGCCCGGAGAGUCUCAUGGUGAUGGGGGCCGAGGAACAGCGGCUGGAGGCAACCCUAACAACCCUGAAGCAACAGCUGUCUCGUCUUCGUAAACAGGACGUAGGCCUUAAAUCUCACUUGCAGCAGCUGGAUCAACAGAUCAGUGAGCUGAAGCUGGAUGUGAACAAGGCUUCCACAGACCAGCUGGAGAGUGACAGCAGGCCAAGUUCAGGUUUCUAUGAGCUAAGCGAUGGUGGCUCUUGCUCAUUGUCCAACUCCUGCACCUCUGUGUACAGCGAGUGUCUGUCUUCCUCCCAGACGAGCCUUCUCCUCCUUCCCACAAGCCCUGCUAAUUCCCACAUCGGCCAACCCUUACAAGUAGACGUAUGCCGGCGGCGUUCUGCUGAUGAGAGCACUUCCCAGCCCAACCCUCCGCGGGCCACCGGCCUUCAUCUAGGCAGCAGCAGGAUCAGAGCAAGCACCGAAAAGGCUCGCCCAAGGCCUGUGUCAACAGGUGAUCUCGAUAGGAUGAUGGCCCAAGGACUGAGCCACUACCGACCUGGCGAUGCAAAGAAACCCCCAAUGUGCUCAAACCUAAAGACCUCCACAGUGGACCCCAAGUUCCACAGCAACCUGGUGUCCCGCAGUGGGACGGAAGUGUACCACUACCCCAGCCCCCUGCACGCUGUGGCUCUUCAGAGCCCAAUCUUUUCCCAAGGGGGUGACGCAGCCACACCUAGACUUCUUGAGGGCCAAGCAAAUGGUUCUGAAACCCUCCAGAGGGCGCAAAUGUUUUAUGACACCAAGACCCUGGGUUACAUUGACAAGCUCCUCCUGCGCAGCUCAAGCAAAAUCCAAAGUGACUCAGAGACUCUGCAGAGACACAGUGACUAUCACAGGAGGCCCACUGAGGUUUUAACUGCAUUCCCUGAAGUGUCUCAGAAAGAGGUGCCUGUGGUGAAGCCUCCUCCAGCACAGACCACAAACAUUACCCCACAUGAUAGCAACCAGAAGAGACACUGCAAGACAUUCCCCAGCCAAGAGCCAGCUGAUAACACUCACCACAAUCAGUCAGCGAAAGCCCCUGAGCUUUCAUACCGAUACUCCUAUCCUGUUGCCAGUAGGGAGUACAGCUCUGAUGAGGUCACCACUUUAUCUCUGAGGAAGAAUGGUAAACCCAGAGGAGAAUAUGCUAGUGGAGCAAGAAGCAAUUCAGAGAAUAGAUUUGGGGAUCAUCUAGGGUCAAUGCCACAAGAGAGGAACGGCUAUAGGCAAAGAUCUACGAUGGCCCACAGCUCGAGCGCGGAGGAGAGUCAAACCUUUCAGGUUCACACUGCCCCCACAGCUUCCCCUGAGUUUGUCCACGCUGAAUUUGUCCCUGCUGGGUCACAGAGGGUCAAGGUGAGACAGGCGGACCGUAAAACCAAAGCCCUGAAACUGAAAAGGAAAAACACAGAGAAGCCUCGAGCAAUCAAGCAGCAACAUGGCUACUCCUCUGGUGAAAAGACCAGAGAGGGCAGCGGUGCAGCAAAGGGGGAACAGAGAAGAUCAGGGAAAGGAAAAGUGACCCAGAAAACAAGCCUUUCUUACACAGAGGAGCGCAUACAGGGCUCAGGCUCUGACUCCAGCCACUGUAGUCCUGGACUCAUGAACACCUACAAGGUCCAUGCAAAGCCACAUCCAAUCCCUGCUGUCACAAAGUCCAGCAGAAGCCGCAAAAUGCAGUGCCCAGAGUAUGAUCAGCCUGUGGAGCAGAGGAAGAGGAGGCAGGGGGCGGCCAAAUGGCAGUCGGAAGUGGAAAUGCUCCAGGCCUCGUAUGUUCAGCGUCAGAGGUCCAAAGAGUCCCAGGUUCAGGCACAUGGAAGCAUGAAGAUGGUCCGCAGUAUGAGUGCCAGAACCGGCCAGUGGGUUGGACCUCCUCGCCCCUUCCAAUCAUCCAUUUCCUCUAACUCUUUCCUCCAAAAUCUCAAUGCCAGAUACCCUCCAGCAGCCUUCGUCAUGUCUUGCCACUACCCACCCAGAUGUGAGUCUGAGUACUCAGCCGAAUGCGCCUCACUGUUUCACUCCACCAUUGCAGAAAGCAGCGAGGGGGAGAUGAGCGAUAACACCACCAACCGCUUUGGUGAUAGCGAGUCCAGCCAGAGCUCCCAGUCUUUCUCGGACUCUGACAGCAGCUUGUCCCUGGAUGAGGAGGACCAGGUGGGAAGCCAGGAGGAAAAGGGCCUGGUGUGGGCUGAGGCUGCUCUGGGGCCCACCGCAGCUGGACAGCCCCUCCAGCAGCUCCCACGCCCCGAACCAUCAGCCUGCCGCAUCAAAGCUUCCCGAGCCCUGAAGAAGAAGAUCCGUCGGUUCCAGCCGGCCUCCAUGAAGGUCAUGACCCUGGUGUAGAAGUGUUCCCCCUGGGCAGAGGGAGAACUGUUGGGAAAACAGAAAUUAAGGAAAAUGCUUUCAAAACUGUUUGCAGGCCUGGUCUUAGGGCUCAGCAUAUGUGCACUGAUUGUUUUGUUCAAACUAAAAAGAUAAGUUAUGUUAUGGUUGAAACUGAAACUGUACAAAAUGGUAAAUCGUGUAAAAGCAUGUUUUAAAGGAGAGGUGUCAUGCUUUUCCGGUUAUUACCCGUCCCUUUGUGUGUUAUGAAGGUUUUUAUGCAUGUAA